GUAGCAUGGCCGUCGAAUUUCCAAUGGUCGUCUCGGCUCACCAGGGCUCUCACACUGAGUCAUCGUCCAUGCGAACAUGGAAGUACACGUGCACCUUGCCAGAUAUAUCUUACUGCUGCUAAGAAUCUUUCUAGUGAAGUCAUCAUCAAU